AUGCCAGGCGAUGACCACAGAACAGGUAAAGACUUCCGGCAGGCUUCAGUACCCGCCAGAACUGUGCAAGACACUGGUCCAGCCAUUGCAGGAGUAUUUGCUUCCGGCGAAAAUGCAGAAGUCUGGGCUGCAGGUCUGAAAUACGACGCAAACAACGUUUAUCUGGCAACAACCUAUUCAGAAACCCAGAAUAUGACUAAAUUCGCAGAUUACUUUGUGGCUAAUAAAGCACAAAACUUUGAAGCAGUUACACAGUAUCAGUUUGAUUUCGGUCUGCGUCCGUCCAUCGCUUAUCUGCAGUCUAAAGGUAAGGAUCCUGGUAUGUGGGGUAACCAGGAUUUGGUGAAAUAUGUUGAUGUUGGUGCAACUUAUUAUUUCAACAAAAAUAUGUCUACCUUCGUUGAUUACAAAAUCAACCUGCUUGACAAAAAUGACUUUACUAAAGCUCUUGGUGUAAACACUGACGAUAUCGUUGCUGUAGACAGGCCAUACAUCCACAAAUGA